AUGAAUACAUUCGACUCAUCGGCGCCGCCUCCGACAGGUCCCAGUACGUCUGGAGGAGUGAAAAAUAACCACUCAUCGUCACGCUUGCCUGCAGAUUCAACCCUGUCAUCCUCCUUCAGCAGAUCCCGGUCCCACUCAAGCUCCUCGUCCCGAAAGCAUGCACGUAGCCAGAACCCAGUUCAGACUACUUCCCAAUCCACCGAGUCCACCCCAAUCAACACAGCCGGUCCCCCGGGGCGCAACUAUCAGUCCACAGACCAAGCAGUCGCCUCCCAGCUCAAAGAUCACCAAUUAAACAAUGCGAACCGUGAUAAUUCCUGGCAACCAACGAACCAAGUCUCGACUUCCGAGCCCCAGCAGUCCUGGUAUAGUCAAUUCGCAGAUCGAUACGGCAGCCUCGAGCUAGAGAACAAAGGCAGUGUAGCCCGCGACCACCUCGCAUUAGGUACGAUAUACACAACCUACCAUAAAAAUGCCCCAUGGACCCCUCUAACAUUCACUUCUUUUCCAACAGAACGAACCUUCCUAGCCUGGAUGCGCACCUCCCUAGCCUUCGCCUCAAUUGGUAUUGCAGUAACGCAACUCUUCCGUCUGAACAGCGCCUCAAACACAAACGCCAAAUACUUCGACCCAACCUCCAACUCAUACUCGGGCAUCCUACCACCGCAUCUCGCCUCGUCAGGCUACGAUUCAGCCGCGUUCCACGUCUCCUCUGCAUCCGCCCGUCUUCGUAGCGUGGGCAAACCCCUCGGCUCGACUUUCAUCGGUGUCUCAAUUCUGAUCCUUGUUGUCGGCUUCCACCGUUACUUCCAAAGCCAGUAUUGGAUUAUUCGGGGGAAGUUUCCGGCUAGUCGGGGCAGUGUGGCACUUACGGCGUUUGUGGCUGCUUCGCUGAUUAUUGCUACUCUCGCGGUUAUCUUGGCCGUUUCGCCGGGGGCUGUGGAGACUUAG